AUGAGCUGUGUCCUUCCCUUCAGGCUUUUCCUACUUCUGGGCCUGGCAGUACCUUCCCAAGGCAACCAUGGAGGGCCUAUGCCUCAACUGGGCUAUUCCAGGUUCCUAGAUCCUUCCAAUAUUAUUUUCCUUCCCUGGGACUUUGACCUACAGACUGAGAUCAUCACUUUUGAGCUCCAAGUCCAGACAUCUGGUUGGGCGGGCCUGGGCAUCAACAAUCAUUACACUAAUGUGGGAAGUGAUCUGGUGGUCGGAGGAGUCUUGCCUGACGGCCAUGUCUACUUCUCAGAUCAGCACCUGGUAGAUGAAGACACCCUGGAGGAGGAUGGGAGCCAGAAUGCUGAGCUCCUGGGACUGACAGAAGAUGGCGGCUACACCACCAAGUACUUCUCCUGGCCCUGCUCCUGCAACCCUCAUGAUCAAGACAUCACGAGUGACACCAUGAGGGUCCUGACCGCCUAUGGCCUGGAUGACACACUCAAGCUUCACCGGAAGUGGACCUUCGUCAAAUCCAUUUUCCUACUACAAAUAUUCUACCAUGGUGACAAGGAUGCUCCUGAGGAUGCCAUCGUCUGUGACCUGGAAAUCACCCAUUUCCUCAUUCCAGAGGCAGACACCUAUGCCUGCACAGUUCUUCCUCCCAUUGUCAGCAAGAAGCAUCACAUCUACAAGUUUGAGCCCAAGCUUCUGGCCCACAAUGAGACGACAGUGCACCACAUCUUGGUGUACACCUGCGGCAAUGCCAGCACACUCCCCACAAUCAUCAACGAAUGCUAUGGGUUUGAUGCCACCUUCUCCCUCUGCUCCCAAGUCAUCAUGGGCUGGGUUGUUGGGGGUCCUAGCUACCAGCUUCUUGAUGAUGUGGGCAUCUCUACUGGGACUCCCUUAGACCCUCAUUGGAUCAGACUAGAGAUUCACUACAGCAAUGGUCACAACCUCCCUGGUAUCUAUGACUCAUCAGGGAUAUGUUUGUACUACACCUCUCACCUGCGUGAAUACGACCUAGGAAUCCUGGAGCUGGGCGUCUUAACUUUUCCCAUGCACUUCAUCCCACUGGGUGCUGAAUUCUUCUUGUCCUAUAGGCUGUGUAAUCCACACAAGUCUGAAGAGUGUGCCUCCCCUCUGCUACAAAUGAAUGGGGCUCCAGUAAGUGACAUGAUAGUAGCAAGCUACCUCCUCCACACUCACUUGGCUGGAUGGGCUCUGCGGGAUGUGCAGUACAGAAAUGGAAAACAACUCUGAACAAUCUGUAAAGCUGACUCCUAUGACUUCAGUCUGCAGGAGACACGAGAUUUGCCACAUCUUGUGGACAUCAAGCUGGGAGAUGAGCUGCUGGUAGAGUGUAACUACCAGACACUGGAUCGGGACUCCACAACUUUUGGAGGCAUCAGCACCAUUAAUGAGAUGUGCCUCAUCUUUCUCUUCUACUAUCCUCGAAAUAACAUCUCUAGCUGCCUGGGCUACCCAUCCUCACCACACAUCCUCAGGAAUCCCAUGGAGAACCUGAUCAUCCUGGAAAACAUCGACUGGACUCCAGACAAUAUAAGGAAGGCCAAGAAAGCCUGCAAGGAGGCCUGGCAGACGGUGAUGAUCAGAACCAUCAGUGAGGUGAUUCAAAACACCACAGGGUGGAUUCCUGCCAUCACUCCUACUCCUCGGGGACCUUGCUUGGAGUCUUCAGGAGGCAAAGUGGAGCCCCAGGACAAGAACCCUGCAGGAUUCAGGGCCGCACUGGUGGCCCAAACAGCUUCCAACACUGCCACGCCCAGAGCCUGUCCUCUGGCGGCCGUUGGGUGGCUCCAUGGUGCCCUCUUGUGGCUCCUGAGCAUCCUGUAG